UCAGCAAGGGGGAGACGGAGCGCCCGGGCUUGUUUCGCUGCGCCUGGGCCUGGUUGCAGGCUAGCAAGCUGGAGGGGCAAAGAUUCAAGGCAGCUGGAGUGGGAAAGGAGCUGGCUGGCCAGGUCUAUUUUCCUUUGAAGACUGGCAAGGCACCUCAGUUCACACAGAAAGUCUCUGCUUUGCUAGUGCUACGUUUCUCACCGGCACCAUGGGGGACCUAGGCUUGGGCCAGGAGUUCCACACUUGGCACCAGUUCAGCAUGUUUUUUGACGACUGGUGUGAAAAGCACAAGGUCCUCUUCAUCAUUGCUAGCCUGAAGCCGCUGAUCUCCAUGCGCCAGAACCCACCGUACUAUCAGCCCAGCCUGGCUGAGACGCUCCGUUUCCGUUUCGUACGGCUCAUCUGCAAGCACAGUGGGACCUACGUGGGGCAAAGCACGGUGCAACGAAACCGCCUCAGUGAGAAAAUUGACUGCCCAGCCUCCGUAACACUGCGCCUAGGCCCGAAAAAGGACCGUCUGGUGGUGACUGAGGCCAAGCUGGAGCACAACCACCGCCUGUCAGAACUGGAGUUUGCCCACCACUUCAGAAGGCACCAGCUAAUAGCCAGCCUGGGCUUGCCUAUCCGUAUCACCAACAGUAUCUCCAAACGCUUUCUGGCACCUGACCUUAUCUGGAACCUAGAGGACUAUAGCAAAGCAAAAGACAAGGGCAUGUGUGAGCUCCUGGCUGUUCUGGAUGGGCUCUUCAAGGCAGAUGCAGGUGCCAAGGUGAAGCUGGUGUUCCAGGAGGAUGUGGCAGUCCUCAACAGCAUCUUCUUGGCCACUUCACAUAUGUGCGAACUCGUGCAACGCUUCCCUGCCCGCCUUUUCCUGGAACGCGCUGCCUGCCUCAACGCAGACUUUGACCUCUAUACAGUGUUGUGCCAAGAUGGCAAUGGACGAGGGCGUGAGGUGGCCUAUUGUCUAGCCCGCCAGGAGCUGCCUGACCUCCUCGUCUUCAUUGUGGCCUCAUUAGUUCAGAGUGUCCCAGAUAUUAAGUUGCAAGUAAAGGUGGUCACAGUUGGAGCUGACGUGACAGGCUUUGAUGCAGUAGAGGAAGUGCUGCCACGGGCCAGGGUGCAGAUCUGCCGCCUGCAGGUCUUGGAGGCCCUCUACCGCAAGGCUUGUGACCUGGCUGUACCAAAAGGGGACCAGAUCCGCAAUUUGCUCCUUAACAUGUCAAAUGCCAAUUCACCAAGGAUCUAUACCCAGUACCUGAGUUACUUGGAAGAUGUUGCCCCAUUGUCUUUUUUGCAGUACUUCCUGGAAUGUUGGCACCCUCACAAAGGCAUGUGGGUAGAGUGCUGGGCCUUUAAAAGAAAACAAGAGUGCUCCUUCCUGGACCACCUCAGUGCCCAUCGCCGGAAGCUUCUGAUGGUACUCAAUCCACCUAUAGCACUGCCUGCAUGUGUCCAGGGCCUGCUGGAUCUCCAGGCCCUGCAUGUAGAGGCAGCAACACUCAAUGUGGCACCUGUGAUACAGCUGUAUCACACCACCUGCCUUCCUGAUUCUGUUGAUUUGGUGGCUGAAGAACUGGACCUAGUGCCCCAUGUGCACUAUAAGCUCAAGGACACCUCUGAUGGGUACCUCCUGGAAGGGGACACCUGCUCCUUCCUGGUGAGCCAAGAUCUGGCCACUUGUAGCUGCUCCAUCUACAUAGCUCACCAGCUGCCAUGCCGACACAUCUUCACUGUACGCCUUUGGGUGGGAGAGCCUCUCUUUGACCCCAGCCUGCUACCCAGCUCACGGGGCACACUGCAAAAUGCCAUGGGGCAGGAAGAAGGCUAACUAUUGCCCCUGCAUCAUACACAUUGAACAGGGCUGCACAGGCCUGGUGUCUGCCUAGAGCCACUGCCUCAUUUUGAUGCAAAAAAGGUGCUACUUUCUUCAUACUGUCAUUCAUCUUUGGGUAGAAGUGGCCCUAGUGUGAGGAAGUAGAUAGAUUGUUGACCAGUUUCUGAAGAAGUAGCCCGUGUCAGAAGAAGUGGAUUUUGAUCCUGGAAAAGAUCCCACUGAAAAAAAUAUGUUAGAUUUGAAAUUGCCAUUAGAUACUUGACUUUUCUUAUAAUUUUGCUGAACUAAUUUCUGACUAGUCAUAAAGGGGAAAGUUAGCAGAGCAUACCUGUAAAUGCGGGAUUGCUGGGUGCUAAGAAACAUUGCCAAUUACUAUGGCACUGGGUACUGUAAGCCUCCAGAAAGUCUAGAGGAAAGGGAACAGAAACAGAUGGAAUGCAGUUUUGGGGACAAUUUCUGGGAUCCACUUAAUGCUUCAAAGAGUUCACUCAGAUGCCCUCAGAUAAAUACAGACAGUUCUUGUGGGGGCUUUGGCUUCAGCAUUGAUGCAUUCUGGAAAUCAAAGCACAACAUCCUGCAGCUAGGAUGACCAGAUGUAGGCAAUAUUCAGUGGGCAGAUUAAGCUGAGCAGCCCUGUGAAAAUGAUCAAAAUUUUGAACAAGGAAGAAAAAAGUUGGCUUCUAUACAGAUUGGGCAGUAUGAAGCUUGACCCUACGUGACAUUAGGUGCAGUUAACUCUGAAAUCUGUGGCCCAAUACUGCCUAGAAUCAGGCUAUCAUGGACAAUUGCUUAUUCUGCAUCAUUUAUUCAGCUUCCACUAAUUAUGAGAAGAGGUAAACAGUUGUGCAGGGUACCAGAAUUAACAUCUUUCUAUUAUUGGUUUUCUCACUAUUCUCUGAAUAGUAUACUCACAUAUACUGAAAUGCUCUCACAUUUCAUGUGCUGGAGUCUGUGCCCUUUAUCAGUUUUGGUAGCUAUUGGAUACAGAUAACAUUAGGAAGAAACAGCUCAUCUGAACAAACAAAGGUUAUCCCAUGCUGUUUAAUUAUCUAAUUCAAUGAACCCACUGAUUUGAGUCCUGUUCCAGAUUGCUGUAUAUUAGGAUUUAAUGAGGAGGGGAGGUCAGAGGUUAACACAGUAGUUCCUCACACAUUACUUAACAAUUACAGCUGGGAAGGGUGUGUAUGAAGAUAGUGUGCUAUUCCUUGCAGAGCUUAAAUCCUAAAGAAGAAAACUUAAACAGACUUUCAGACUUGAGCAUAAACACAACAUCUGCUAAAUGUUUCAUUCACAUGCACAGUAGUGCAGUUUGAAUGAAGUAGUGCUUGAGCAAGGCAAAAGCAUUUUACAUUAAAUACAAGUGGAACCCCGCAUGACAACGAUAAUCCGUUCCAGGAAAAUCGCUGUUAAGUGAA